AGGCAAGGAGGGCCCUUUUUUCUGUGGUGUUUUACGUUAAUAUACGCAAAAAAACUUCGCGUUCGCGAAACCUUUUUUUACGUCUUGCAACUUUCACUUUCUUUUUCUUAGUUUGUCAUAGCAGACUCAAAUUCAUCAAGAUGAGCGCUUCUUCAUCUUCUUCUUGCUCAGCGACCAGCAGUGGCUGCCUGUCCCCAGGUGGUGAACAUCUUGUGACACUUCCACGCCGCAACCAGUUUCGCAUUCUCACCGACCGAAAGUCUGUUUUCACCCACACAGACGCUAAACAAGCGUAUAGCGGCUGCUGCCAAUGGUUCCAGUUUGGCACUCGAGAUGUCAUCGCAUUGAGCUGCACCUCGGGCGCGCUUCAGCUCUGGAGUUUCAGCACGGGUAGCACAGAGCUACUAGGAACAGUGGAAAACCUUUGCACGACUCCAGGAGGUUUCCCAUCAAUGGUGGCACACGAAGGCCGCAACAGCAUUUUCGUCGCGACGAGGAACAGCGUCAAGGAAAUCGAUGUGGAUAGCCGGGAAGUGAAGCAGACGAUCAAGACGAAGAAAGAUCCGGUCUUGCGUAUGGCCUGUGGCGACGAUCGACUGGUGGCGGCUUCGGCGACGAAGAUUCGCGUGUUUACAGUUGCAGACGGAGCAUGUGUUAGCAAGCAUGCAGCGACGCUUCAUGCCUGCACGGAUCUCGCACUUGUAGGCUCCAAAAUCCUGGCCUGCGACUCAAGCGAAACAGUCACGAUGUACUUACUUCCUCUCACUCUCUUUAGAGUCAUCAUAUAUUUGUCUCUCUUGCUGUAGUCCGGUAACUACUCUCUCCUCUUCUCGUAUUCUUGUUGAUGCUACAUGAGCAUGUACUAGAGGCUUGCUAUGGUGCAUUCAAGCAAUCCAUUUCUCUACACGCAUUUCAGAUACGACUACACGGACUCGUCGUUUAGCAGCAGCCUGCGAACGAGCGGACAAACACCUCUGAAGCAAUUGACCCAGAGUGGGAACGCACUUGUUGCGUUGAGCGCAGAUGGAAAGCGCGGCUUUGUCUGGAGUAGCAUAAAGGCAGCAAAAAGCAACGUCCCAUUAGCAGCAACAAGCGAAUUCGAAGCAGAAGAAUCGGUACUGAUAACUGAUCGAGUUCUCCUUCAGAAUAAGUAAAAGAAAGAAACUUUUUUGAUGAUGAUCUUCAUCUUUCAUAACCUGUUUCUGUUAGACUAAACAAGAGAAUUUUUUUUGAUGUUGAUCUUCAUCUUUCGUUCCCCUUCCCUGUUUAUCAUUUCACUCAUUUCAUCUCCUAUUCCUCCUACGGCAGGUUCUGAGCCUCCGACUCACCGACGAGCGUGCUGGUAGCGCUAUCGCCGUUCUCGGCGCAGCCAUGCAUCCUAGCGUUGUCGACAUUGAGGACAUCCGCUCGAAGGGGCUCGUGUUGCGACGUGCAAACUCCACAACUGGUAACAAGCGACCAUCAGGUGACGCCGAUGAAAGCCACCAAAAACCAGCUAAGGUCCAGGUCACGUCUGCAGCGAAAGUCGCAAAGAGUGGAGGGCAGCCUCUUAUCACUGAAGCAGCACGCCAGCAGAUGGAAAGAGCGGAAGCGGAAAUCGCUCGUCAGCGUAUUGAACAGAAGAGGUCGGCAGCUGGUGUCGUGUCUCUUGCGCCACUUGUGCGGCAAUACUUGAAGUCGCAGGAUGCUACCGGUACUUACUGCUUCCGCAAAGAAAACCUUCACCUGUGCCUUGGACUUGCAUACUUGAAUCAGACUUGUUUUUUUAGUCCGAUCUCGUCCGCUUAUGUUCUUUUUAGGUCUUUGCACAACUACUACUACUUACCACAACAUCAAUAAAAAAAACAGUCCUUGCGUCCUGCUUCGCACAAGCCGACCGAAAGAUUGUCACGCGAUCGUGCCAAGAACUCACCGGUCAAGAAGCCUUCUCAUGGUCCCUUGAGUGCCAAAGACUUCUUUUCACCCAGCCAAGCAAGUGCAGCCUGCUUCUCGAAUGGGUACGACAGGUGUUGACGCAGCAUUGUAGUUUCCUGCUGAGCAAUCCGGAAAUGAAAAACCAGUUGCAGCCGUUGUAUAGGCUGGCUCAGGAGAGACUAGAAGCGACUGAGCCAAUGCAAAGGAUUCAGGUACACAACCUACAACUACAUGAAUGUUGUACUUGUACUUGUAGUUGGUGUGCUGCAAGUAAUACUGAUAUUUGGUCUAUUUGGGCCUGGAGUUCCGUACCUCACCUCCUAAAGUUUUAAGUUACAUCUCCAUGAACACUUGUUUCGUGUCACAUCACCAUCAUCCUCAUUCAAAUCUACUAACGUCUCAACAUCACAGGGCAAACUCGACCUUCUCCUCUGCACUGCUCGCGAACGAAUGCAAGCUCCGGAAACACAGGAGCCACUGCGUAAAUUCGAGGCGGGUUCUGAGGAAGUCAGCGACGCUGGAGAGGAAGGGUCAGACGACGGAUCAUCCUCAAACGGCGAUGAAACUAACCCAUUAUUGGAAGAUGAUGACGAUUUCGUGCUUGAGGAGUUUAUCUAAGACAAUUUCAAAUUCAAAUCCUGCCCUAAUUUUUUGACUUCAUUACCACGCUACAGCAGAUUGCAUUCCCCAAUUACACGGCUUGCAUAGAAAGCGAGGACAUACUUCGUACUAGUGUUGGCCGUGCCUAG